UCCGGUAGGAGGAAAAUCAAUAAUGGACUAUACCAUGAUGGAUUAAAAAGCUGGAUUUCUGCCUCCAUAAAUGUGUUGAAGCAUGGAAGAUAGCGGUAUUGACAGUGAUCCUAAAACUGUUAGCCAUGUGGAAGAUGAAAGACCCUUCUUGGGCAGUGAUAGUAGUUCCAGUAGUAAUCAUACCCAAGUACCUCAACGAAACACCACUAAGCAGUUGCAAAAGAAACUUGAGACACGUAUUGAGCAGGCAAAGCGAAUUCAACGCAGUUCCGAUUACAUAAAGCUUCCAAAAUAUGACAACGAGAAUACAAGUAGUUCCAGUUCCGCCGGAUUGAUAUCAAUCCAAAGAUUGCCUAUACCACACAAGAAUAAGGAACACCUUCCUCUAGUCGAAUAUAGUGAAAGCGAAAGUGAGGACGAGAUGACGCUCUUCCCGACGAAGUCUAAGGAUUCCUCAAAGCACAAACAAGAUCUCACUGACACGUUCAGCAUUGAGGAAUUGAGCGACGAAAGCGAGGACUCUUUGAAUCUGGAUCCAGCACAGCCACCGCAUCCUUUUAUGCGGACUUAUGUACCUACCGGAUGUUUCGCUUGCCAGUGUCAUAUACUGUAAAGUAACAUAGCCUACCGAUGGAUACGCCACCAAUUACCAACUAAAAAGUUAUUAUUUGGAAAUUCAAUUAAUUUGAAUAUAUUUGCAUAAAGUGUUUGCAAACAUUUCUAGCAGAUGCGUCAAAAAUUAUGUGAUUGACAUAAAACGAAACUCACGUUCUCCAGUGGAGUAAAACUGAAGAUUUUGUUACUUAAUUACUACGCGAGAUAAGAGAUGUUAAAGAUAUUAUUAUAUCAAUUUCCUUGAUUUAUAUUGCUUUUUUAUGUUUAUCUUAUGUUACAAGAGUAUUGUAUCACAUCGAAUUGUGUAUAUUGUUUACAGAACGAUCUUAAAUGAUUAAAAUUAUUUUGUUAAA